AUGUCCCCAUCGUCUUCCUUUUCUUCGACGGAUUCAGCACCGCGAUCAGAGCCCACAUCGGACGAGCAACCAGAUUUGGGUGCAUUUACCACUGUUCUGAGGGAAUGGACUCACUUGCAGCCUAUACAAAGGAUUCCAGUUCAAAUUCAUUCAGCGACGAGUUCGACAACACCGACUUAUCAGCCAGAGCAGAGCAUUGCAGGCAGCGACUAUAGACCUCGAAAUUCCAGUAGCAGGCGCAGCAGGCUUAGCUCCAGAGGAGGAUUCAGCGAUAUCUCCUCGUUUACUCGACCUCCAAGCAGCAGUGUACAGCCCGAAGGAUCGACUGUCUGGAAUCAGGAACUGAUUGCGUCGUAUCUACACAGUACCACUCCGAGCAACGAAAUUCUAAGCGAGGCAGAUGACGAAGAGGAUGGAGGAGAAGGAGAAACCUACGGAGAGCAAGAAUAUACCCCGUCCCCGCCGAACUCUUUGGCAUCCACAGCUCUGACUGUUGAAAUCGCUUCAGAAAUCGAUUUUCCGUCUUUUGAUGGAUCGCAUGAUUCUCGUGCAGACCACCUUGAUCCUACUCCUUCUCCCUAUGUUUUAGACCCAGGGAUUGUAAGGGCGAUUGCUGUUGAAAGUGAUGGGCAGCGGCUAGAUUCCAGGGAAACUGCUCACCCUGAAGACGAGACAGAGGAUGGAGAAGCACCAUCAAAUCAUGGCGACAGUUCUUCACAGACAUCCAGGGAUUAUGUACGAUCAACGUUUCGUGAUAUGACUUACCCAUCUUCUGCCUCGCAAAGCCAUACUGGAUCGCAACAAACUAGUGUUCAGUUGCUAUCACAAGCUCGGGCACACUCUACCACCGGAGCAUCGUCAUCGGACUCACUUGCACUCUUCCACGCAACAUCUGGCUCUCCAAAUGCUGCACCGUCAGUUUCAUUGAGCUCAGUUUCACAUCCUUAUUCGUCGCAUAGUAACAACAACACCACUUCUAAUUCUUCUACAUCAACAUCAACUUUAAUUAGUGCUUUGCUAAACCGAAGUCGGAACCCCUUGCCUCCCCGCACAACGUCCGAUUCCUCAAUUACCACAAGCAAUUCUGCCUCUUCUUCCAAUUUUUCUCUAUUAUCUUACCAGAUCCCUGAAACCCCUCCCAUUGAAGAGGAGUCGGAUUCCGAGCCAAGGCUCAACGAGGAGCACUCAUCGAACUCUCAUCAUAAUAUAUCCAGCGACCCAUUUUCGUCGAACCAGAGUAUACCUUCGACAUCUAGCUCAGUCUCAUUGAAGAGCCAGAGAUCGAUGCAUUCUUCUGAGCAUUCCAACACUCUCAGUUCGUCUACAUCGACCCAGACUCAGGUUCAUCAGAGACUUUCAGUACCAUCCUCUAUGUCACACAUAUCGCCUGCCACCCGAUCUGACUUAUCUCUUCCAAAUCCCCACUCUCCCUCUCCGGCUCACCAGCGAGACUUGCCGUCUGGAUUGAAUCAUUCAGUGCAGCCACCAACCAACAAAUGGGGCACCAUUCCUGUUAGGGAGUUUGGUGUGGUAGAUGACUUAGGUACCCCAGAUCAACCCCCUUCGGAAACCUUUUUGUUUGAUCCAAGUCAGCAAAGACGAAAAGAGUUUCUCCCUGUGGACGACAUCGACGACGAAGAAGACGACAUCGACAAACCUCUAUUAUCUGUUCGUACCCCAAAAUUUUCUUACUCCCAGGAUUCUCCAAAAGCACCCACUGCGCAAGCUUCAAGUCACGCCCAAGUAUAUGAUCGGCCGGGUCCAUCUUCAAUUCGCGUACAACCGUCUGCUUUUUCUGACAGACCUCACCUUGAGCCACAAGAUGAAGACGACGACGAAGCCGAGGACGAUUAUCCGUAUCGUUAUCCCUAUGCUCAUACCCCGAAAUCUAAUGCGCAGGCCUUGACACCAAAGGGAAUUUUGCAUGUUGACUCGCAAGCACCUUUGCGAAGAAUUGUACAACCAGAAACCAUUGCUUCUCAAGCUCAGAUCCGGCAAUAUCCUAGACAAUUCGACCUUCCCUCUUCCAGUCAUUCACAACGCUCUGUUCAAAAAUCGGCCCAAAUCUUACAACAUUCUCAGACCACACAUGAAGAGCCUGUCUUUACGCAUGUCCAACCAGUUGUUGCAUCCCAGUCACAUCCUCAACCACGAAAACAAAACGAAUUAAAACCUUGGUCUGGCCUGACACAACCGAUUCCAUCAUCCUCACAAUAUCCUCCGCUACGUACAGACCAUUCAAGUAGUCAUCGGCAUCUAGCAGCGCCCGCUCCCGUCAUGGAAUCAUCGUCGAAGGAUGAAUUUUCGUCAUCAACGCAACGCCACAGAUAUCCCCACUCACUGUUAGGAUUGCAUGAACUCCCGUCAUCACUCGGUCCGGCCGAGACACAGGAGCUGUCUCGCUAUCCGUACAAAUCUAGCGUAAUCUCGCCAUCGUCUCAAGAAAUUGAAAACGAACAUAGACCUUUGGUUGAGAUGGACUCGACUGAAGCUCUACACCACGGUCCGGAUGACGACACUGAGUCAGAACAGCCACUACCUUCGCUUGGCUACCUUGAUGAAGCGCUCAGUUUUAUUGCUGCUGAAAGGGCGAGAUGGAAUGCUGCGAGAGAGGGCCCUGGAUCGACAAGCGCUAGCGUUGCUUUGGAUACGGAUGCCACUGACUCGCGAGAAGUUGGUGGCGGAGACGGUGCUGCAAUUGGAUCUGGAGAAGAGGAAGCAGGCAAACAAGUAAUAGAUAACGGGCAAGAUAUACCUAAGCGCAAAAGACGUCGAAAGAGGCCACCCAGAGCACAUGCCACACCCUUGGCACAAACAUCUUUGCCUCUAUCUUCUAUUGUCAAAGGCGACGGCGUUUUCGAAGAGAGCUCGGGCACACCUCUUACCCCCGUUUCUUCCCCAAAGAAGAAGCGCUCAAAGUCAGCUUCUACAUCUAUGUCGGCGCCCGGUUCUACCGCUGUGCUUGACAGCCCGAGUAAAGUCAAGGGUAAAGGCAAGGUUGUUGAAAAAGAGUUCCUCGUCCCUCCUUCACCGAAGAAACCUCGCCCAGAUAAUAAGAGAGACAACCAGCCUGUUAUCACAAUCCUGCGGCGGCCACCAGCCAUCGAUCCCGGUGCUAGCCAUGUGCAGGUGGGAACUGACGAAGACGACGACGCGGAAUCCGAUGGAGAUGGAGGCCGGACGCCGACAAAUGGUGUUCAACGAGGGUCAGAAAAGUUUGAAUCCAUCAACCUUGUUGGAAAGAAGGGCAGACGCAUAGGGCGGAAGGAGAGACAGAGAGAAAAGGCAAAGAGGGAUCUGGAGCUGAAACAAGAGGAAGGCUUGGUUGCUGAGAACAUAUCCGAAAAUAUCAGACCAGGAAUUGAUUCUGACGGCGAUGAUGAUGAUGAUAACGACGACGACGAAGGCGAUGGUGCCGAUCCUCUAGAUGACGAAGACGAACAAACGAACGACAGUCUGUCGCAAAUUUCUCUUCUUAAGCCUCCCCGUCGCAACCGUUCUCGGAGUCGGCGAAGGAAGAGCAGAGACACGGCUUAUAUACAUAGCUUAGUGGCGACUGGAGGAACAGGAGAGUAUAAGAGUACUCCAGCUACCCCGAAGAGAUUACAUCCUGAAGGAUUUGACGCCGCUGAAGAAGAAGAAGCUAGUCUGGACGUUGUUUCUGUCCAUGCUAGCCAAACAGAAGACCUUGUCUCCAAGCCUAGUACCGGGCAGGCUGGAGAGAAGAAGAAGCGUACACGCACAAAGCGUGUCAAGACCCUCACUCAUGCUAAAUCGGACCCUUCUUUGAGGUUGGAUGCCAAAGCAGGAGGUACCUCUGCUCAAUUAGAAGAUUCAGGCGACGCUGGGUCCAAGAAGCUUAGAAAGGGCAAAGGCAAGGCUCAUGUGGAAGAAAUUGACAUCCUUGACAUGGAUCGUAACCAAUUACAACGAUUAAUUUUUGCAUCCUCCGGAGCUGGAUCUCGCCUACUACUAGCAAACCAGCAUCGAACAGACCACAGCCAAUUCCAGGUGCCUCCUGACAGCAAACGCGGUCGUCUACUUUCUCUUGCUGCAAAACUCGGUCAGUUAUUUCCGGAGCAACGUGAGGACCUGGGGAAGGUCAUUGCGCGGAUUGAAAGGCAGGGUGCUGAGGCGGCCGCAAAAGCAAAGAGAGCAGCCAUGAGCUUAGAUAUUGAUCCAUAUGGAUAUACAUACAACCACCCCGCUAAGAAAUCUAGGAAAGGCAGAAAUCCAAAAACAGGCACUGGGGGCGCUGGAAAUGAUGCCUUCGAUUUCAACGACAUUGACAGUGCAGAUCCGGAUGACCAAGAGGAUCAAGAAGAAGAGAUAGACCCUCGAGGACGGCCGCCUAGGAAAGGAGACGUUUUAAUUCAUGUUUUUAUUGAUCAUUCUAAUAUUUUAAUCGGACUUUUGUCGCACCUCAAACGACACCCUCUACAGCGCAAGAUUUCAAGCUCUACACCCAGAGGUCGACCUGCGUCUACUGUACUUACGAAGGCUACAACAAUCACAUCUAAUAGUAACGAUAAGUCGGAUCCAGCGUCUGCAUUUGCUGCCGUAAAGUCUACCAGCACUCGGCCACUUCCCAUACCCACCGGUUUAGAAACCAGCAGCGCUUCUACAAAACGUCCGCUCCCUAUUCCCGUGUCCCAGGCUGGAAACCAUCCCAUCCCACUCCCUUCUUUUGCAACCAUAUCGCGCUCUCUUCCUGUGGGUUCGGUUAUAAAUGCCAGUGGCAAAGAUACAGGGGUAGACGAUUUCAUGCCUCCGGGAAAUGAGCAAAACUCGGAUGGGGAGGAAAAUACUGUUAUGGAUCUAGGUGCAGCUGAUGCAGUCGGCACAGAUGCACUGUUUGUUGGUGCAUUGAAAAAAGAAAAGAAAGCCCCGAAGCACAUGUGGCAUGCUGCUCUAACCUUGAUCUUGGAGCGCGGUCGACCGAUUACUCGAAGAGUUGUAGUUACGUCGAGUCCCUUAUAUCAGCCGAUGGAAAGUAUAGAAAGGCUUGGAUACGAGUUACGGGUUUUCAUUAGGGUUCCAGACUUCGGCGAUGGUAUGGACCGCGAACGAUAUCGAGAAAAAGAACGCAGUCUGGCAGGAAAAGCCGGUCAGUCAACCCCUGGAGUACAUCCAGGGCCCAAUUCAGGCGCGAAAAAGGGUCGCGUUGGUCAUGCUAGACACAUAUCGGGCAGUACUAGUACUGAAAGCGGUAGCGGAGGAGCAGGCUCUGGACAUGCUUCCGGUGGUGGUGUCCACGCUUACACCGGAAAUGCAAACGACAAUAUUUCUCAGGCUAAAGUCAAAUAUCGUGAACAAGGCGUCGAUGAACUUCUGCAGCUGAAGUUACAUCAAGCAUUAGCUGAUACAGACAACGUUCCUGAAGGGUCAACAAUUGUUCUUGCCACUGGAGAUGGUAAUAUGGGACAGUUCAGUGAAGACGGAUUUCUUGGCCCCGUCAGGACUGCACUUCGCCGAGGAUGGAAAGUUGAAUUGUAUGCGUGGGAGGACGGUCUAAGUCGUGCCUGGAGGCGCGAGUUUGGAGCCGGAAGUGAAUGGGGUCGAAGAGGGAUGUUCCGAGUAAUAGGUAUGGAGCAAUUCGCCAGUGGCCUAGUGGAAGCAGCUGGGUGGUCGUAG